AUGCAGUCUUCGGCGCCGAAUGUCAAGAGGAUCCACCUCUUGUGUGUGUUGUUGGUCACAGUAUGGUGGCGCACUGGCGUACACGUCGUUGCCACAGAUGAAAUUCCAAAUGUGGUCGGUUUAGUGGUCAUCGACGUUGUGGAAGGUUCAGCUAUGGAUGCUCUCGCGGGAAUGCGAACAUUCCUGCGCGGACGUCCGAGCAGUUUUGAGUCUGAAGAGAAAGCUAUCACGUGGUGCCUCCAGUCAGGUGCCACUAGGAAUCGAGAGGCUGCCAAGAUCUCGAUGCCUGCACAAAUCAAAAAGACUGAGGAUUGGAAAGGUCGACGCUCUUACGCACGAAUCAAAUCACCAGCGCAAACAAAACAUUUAUUCCAGUAUGUAUGGCGUAUUGAUUUGAUGGAUACGGAACCGUAUUGGGUUGAUAGCCCAAAUGCAAGGCAAAUUCCAAAAUACGAUUCUUCAAAGUGGGCCAUGGCAGUGCAAGAGGACAGUCCCGAUCGAUUAGCUGACGAAUUGGCUCGAUUCGCUCUUCGAUAUCGUUUCGCUGAAGCUGCAGAAGGAGCACGGCCAGUGGCGCCACAUCCCAUGAUGGGUAUGGGAAUGAUGAUCUAA